AUGGUAUUAUUGGUGUCUUUUGGUGGUGGUGGUCAUUGUUGUCUUGGUGGUAUUGGUGGUGUUGGCAUUGGUAUUAUUAGCAUUAGAGUUGGUUUUGGUAGUGGUGGUGGUAUUGGUGGUUUGGUGAUGGUGGUGGUGGAAUUGGUAGUGGUUUUGGUGGCCUUGGUGGUGGUGGUGGUGGUGGUGAUUAUUGGUGGUGGUCGUCGUCGUCGUCAUGGUGGCAUUGGUGGUCUUGGUGGUAGUGUUGGCAGUGUUGGUAGUCAUUAUAGUGGCAUUUUUUAUGUUGUUGGUCUUAGUGUCGGUAUUUAUGGCAUUGGUAUUGGUGGUGGUGUAGCUAUUAGUGGUUUGGGUUUUCAAGCAGCUGUUUUUGAGUUGUUACCAAAUGAUGAGGUUAGAAGACAGAAGAGGGAACGAGUUGUAGGUACAGAAGAUACUGGAGAAGGUGGAUCAAAAAUGGCUAAGACUGCUGGAUUUGGGAUCUACACAAGUGGAAAGGGCACCCAAGUAUUGAAUUUAGGGACAUCAAGCAAGAGGAUCCUACAAACUGGUGCAACUUACGAGGAUGCAAGUUCUACAGGAGUUGAUCUUGGUUAUAAGCCUAGAGGCUUGAGAUAG